AUGGUCUGCUUUCAGCCCGAUCUUGGCACCACCAUGUCCCUGGACGUCAACUUGAACCAGGUCAAGCAACCGUUGACCCACCCAAAGGAGAGGAAGAAGAAAACCUACGGCACUGUUCCCAUCGUGCAGCUCUGCUUGAAGAACGUCCACGUUCUGCAGGGAAACUUCACGAUGCCGCAUGGAGGAGGCUCCAGAAGCCUGAGCCUAGCGCGAGAGAAGCUUGUGUAUCAUGCCAUCGCUCUGAACUUCGAGGCCCAGCUCAAGCUCAGCUACGAUCUGAACACCAAAAACACUGUCGUUCUGUUCCCGGAUUUGGAGGAAGACGAUAUCUUCCUGCUGAAACAUCCAGAGCUGAGAGACAAGGGGGCGAUCAACUUGGGGCUGAAAGAGUCUCAGGCUAAUGCAGACGAGGAGGAUGUUCUUAGGCAUGUCAAGCACCUUGUUGUCAUCGAUGGGACUUGGGCGCAGGCUAAAUCGAUGUACCGAAGCUGCUCCUUCCUUCACGGAUUUAGGAGAGUACAGUUUGCUGGAGGGUUAACAGGCAAGUAUAUCUUUCGCAAGGAACCCAAGCACAACUACCUCUCCACCCUCGAGAGCAUCGCACACUGCCUGCCCUUUCUUGAACGGCAAGAGCCAGAGCAGCCCUGCCUCUCUUCUGUCCUCCUUCAAGCCUUCACGGCCAUGGUCUCCAACCAACUCCAGUUCGUCCCUGACAGGACCAACAAAUUCACUGAAGCUGAAGGGUAA